ACAACUGCAACAGAAACAGCAUUUCAACCAGUACAACAAUGUGUACAAUAUGCGGAUGCAAUGGCAAGGACAUCAGAAUGCAGCGAACCGGUUUGUGCCACCCGAUCAGAACCUGUCUCCCAAGGGUCCGCGACAGGGCGGCUUGCUGGGCAUGUCUCCAACUGGAUAUCCACAGCAGCGGCUACCCUUCCAGCCGCUGGGAAGACCCAACAAGAAAAGCAAUCAAGCGCCGGGUGCUGGCGGAAUAUUCUAUCGGCCGCAGAACAUGCAGGUGCGGCCAGCGCCACCGACAUUGGGCAGCAGCGCUGUGAAUCGCGAUAUGUCGGAGAAGAAUGAUAAUGAGGGCUGGAGUCAGGAGGAGAGUCAGACGCAGACAAACAGCGACAAUGCGGCUGUCGAUCAGGGCGUAGAGGGAGGUGGUAUGAAACCAAAGCCGGAUCUUGGGAAGGUCUCACCUGCUGUAGACAAGCCACCUACAGAUCCCAUGUCUCAGGACGCGUGGCCCGACAGUUUAAAGAGGUAUGUCGAGCGAGCGUUUGCUCAGUGCAAGAACUCCGUUGAGCAAGAUUGCACAGAGAUUAUCCUGAAAGGACUGCUCACGAAGGCUUUCAGCACUGGUGGUGUGUACAAGAUUGACUGGGAUCGUGAGCCGCUGGCAAGACUGGGUAGCAAGGAACCAGAAACAAAGGAGCCCUCGCCCCCUCACUUCAUCCCCUUACAAGUGCGCCAUCAGCAGCAGCAGCAGCAGGCCAGCCGCAGGGGACGUAGUCCAUUCCGUGGAUCCGCGUCUGGAAAAGGGAGGGGUCGACAGGAACGGCAGGAAAGGCAGCGACGGUCACGGUCAAAGUCGCGCGAUCGGUCGGCGGAGCGAUCAAGGUCAAGAACGCCCCCUCGAUUCAGGAUGAGGCGACGCACCCACACGAGUAGUUCGAGCGUGUCGUCAGAUGGAGAGAGCGCCACGGGUCGGCGAAGCAUGCAGUCGCGACUUGGCGCCAUGCGGUCGAGUCCCGGCGGUGAGCCGGAAUUCGAGACGAAGAGGCUGCGGGGCAAGAAGAUGAUGAUGCAGUCUCACCUCUCUCACAUGCAGCAAAUGUCAUCGUUCAAGGAGAGGAAGGGCAAGGCGAACAAGAAGAACAUGAAGAAGAAGAAUAAAGGUGGCAGUCUGGGCGUGUAUCAGGAUGACGACCCUCAGAAGGAGGUGCGUCUGCAGAGUCGCGCGGCUCGCUUCCACGCCACGCUCGAUCGGCCAGGCAGCGGCAACAAGCAGCAGCAGCUGAAGGGCAAGAGACAGCGCGGACAGAAGUUGGUGUUGAACAUCAGCGUGCUGAACGACGGGGACGAGAGCAACAUGGACUGGGAGUCGGCCGUCAUCGUCGGAACCUGUCAGGACAUUGAGAAGCCGUACCUCAGGCUAACCCAGGCACCCGAUGCAUCCACGGUGAGACCUGUUGCUGUGUUGAAGAAGGCAGUAGCCGCCGUGCAACGCAAGUGGAAGGAAACGCAUGACUACCACUACGUAUGCGAACAGCUCAAGUCUAUCCGGCAGGAUCUCACGGUGCAGUGCGUGCGUGAUCUGUUCGCAGUGAGAUUAUACGAGACCCACGCCCGCAUCGCGCUGGAGAAGGGCGACCACGCGGAGUUCAACCAGUGCCAGGCUCAACUGAAGGCUCUCUACUCGGAAUUAGAUGCAGAGGAGCUACCUAGUCACUAUGAAUUCAUCGGCUACAGAAUUCUCUACUAUAUCUUCACUAAUAACCAUUUAGAUAUCACGACGACGCUCACUACGCUCACGCCGGACGCACGCCAGCACCUCGUCAUCAGCUACGCCCUCGAGCUGCGCGCGCACUGGCACCUCGCCAACUUCCGCCGCUUCUUCCUGCUCUACAAGCAGGCGCCGAUGAUGGCUGGCUACCUCGUCGACUGGUUCGUGGAGCGCAUGCGCAAGAAUGCACUCACGAUCAUCAUAAAAGCAUACCGGCCCACACUUGCCACCGCGUUCGUGAAAGACCAGCUGGCCUUCGAUAAUGACGCGGACUGCCUAACCUUUCUAGAGCAGUACAGCGUUAUCUUCACUGACAUCUCAAAGUCAAAAAUCGACUGUAAGAACAGUCAGGCUCCUGUGCUCGCUGCCAUGCAGCAGUGACCCUCAUGCCCCUGCACUCGUGUUGGUGGCUGCCCUGUAAUGGUUCCCCAGUCAAGAAAGCCUUUGAGACUGAAGAAGCCAUAGUAAUCGUCCUUGCGAUUGUGAUACUUUAUUGAGCAUGUGCUCAUCUCACAGAGGGGCUGCAUGCGCUGUAAAUAUGUAUGAUACGGAUAACGAAGGGCUUCCCUGGGGCGGUAUUCCCUCAUCCUACCCCACGAGAGUCGUGCCGUGUAUAUACACAUCAAAAAUUACAAGUGACUUCUGAUGUGAAACUAACCUCCUAAUCACUAUUCAGUUGCUAUAGAGAUAGGUCUAAUCUAGUAAUUUGGCAGGCUGCGCAAUCAGAUCAAGAGAUGAUUGCCAUGGCAAUGUUCGCCGUGGUGUCUUUAACAGUUAUAGGAGGCUGUGUCAGUCGUUCGAAAGACGGCACCAUGGGCAGUGUACAGACCUAGAGACCCUUGAAGCGAGAGCAGUGUGGAGGGGAAACUACAAGCUGCACUGUUUGUCACAUUGUAUCGGCGAAUAUCUGUGCGCGUUUGUGUUCCUGGUGCCUGUCCCGUGGGAUGACUCGUACAGUUGGACAUUAAGUGGAGUUGGAAGUGCUUGGUCCUCACUUGGCUUCAUGUGUGAAUCUAGCAGACUAUCUUGCGACCAAACUGCGGUUCUGCUGCGAUGCCAUCGUGGGAUAGGUUCGGAUCUUUAAUCGACAGAUCGGGGGCUGUAUGUAAAACGGAUGCUUCGUGCCAGACAAGGGUGUCGCCUCUCCUGUCAAGAUCUUCGGGUGGUGACGCUACCGUUUCCCAUCCAUUACGGAGCACACGACACGUCCUUACUCCGGAUUCCAGUUGCCGGUGUCCGUCCAUACGAUGGGGAUCGUUAAUCUUCACCAUCCGAAGUCGUGUCACUCGGCAUCACCACCUGGGGCAAGCAUCGCUCCUUGGUCAUCAUCAGCAUUUGCUUUGGCAGCCACAUCACACCGGACGUUCUGUUGAGAUUUCAGUUGCUCUUCCGACGAGAAAGCGUGAGCGUGUAGGCCGUGUCAACCACGUUAACGUGUUGAGCGUGAAGAGUGUUCUCCGUGCGCGUGGAUCUCGCGUCAUGCUGCUGGAAAGAGUUUACGGAAAGAGUUUACUCUUUCUUCCAAGAAUGUUCCAGUGAAGUGUGCUUUCGUCGAUUACAGCACUUUAAUGCGCUGUAUGGGGAACUGUUUUUGGAGUAAGUUUGUGAAGCAGCAUAUGUGUAGUAUGUGGUCAUCGUGGCGAGAUGGCGCCAGUAGAGUUUAUAGUGAAAAGAGCACUAUUAGAGUUUGCCAUGGAGAGGGUGCUAUUAGAGUUCGCCAUGGAGAGGGUGCUAGUAGUCUACAUGAAGAGAGGAGGCGAGUAGAGAGUGUUCUGGAGAGAGGGCGCUACCACAGGUCUUCACAGAGAGAGGGCGCUAGUAGAGGUCAUCGUCAGCAGUCUUCACGUGUUAUUUCUGCAGCCGCAUCUCAGGAUUCUUCCUGCCCCGACGACACUCUCCCACUCUUAAUCUGUCCGAACAUCGGCCAUCCCAAUAGCCUUCCUUCCUAUUGCGACUCUCUCUCCAUAUUCUCUCCUCAUUUUGCCACAGUUUCUCCGCAUUACAGUCUCUCCUUUCCUCAAUGUAUUCAUUCCGAACCGUCGGCUGCUAGUCCCGAGUUUUUCACUGUUUUGCUCCAGUCAUCAACCGUCCAUCCCCAGCAUUUGCACGUGGAGCCUACGGCAUGACCAAGUCAGUGAGGAAAACACUUGCAUCCGAAGUCAGAUUAUUCCGAGAGGUGUCACAUCUCACGAGCAACACAAGUAGGUAGCAAUCCAGACGAUUUGAGGAACAAGUCAGGUAACAGAGUGUUGCAACGUGUACACCGUCAGAAGGGGGCCUAAGUAUCAUGCCACUAGGGGAAGCAACUACCGAACCUAUCUAGAUCGUAUCACCAGGGGGAGCUGCUACAUCUUCAGAGCACAUCACCAGGAGCAGCCACUGCAGAACCUUUAUUAAGCAUGCCAACAGGGGGAGCCAGUACAUAACCUUUUAAGUAGAUACCACUACACCUUUCCUGACGACACCACCAGGAGGAGCCACUACAUCUUUCCUGAUGACACCACGAGGAGGAGCCACUAGAGCUUUCCUGACAACACCAUUAGGAGGAGCCACUACAGAACCUUUACAGGACACACCACCAGGCGACAAUGCAGAUUCAUUAUUAAUCGUCAGAGGGAGCCAGUAUAGAGCCAUUGCAGCAGACACCACAAGAGGGAGCCACAACAGUACGUUUCCAUAAGGCAGGACCAGGAUGAGUUGCUAUUUUCCCGCUAAAGAGCACACAACCAAAAAGCCACUGAGUCUCAACGUGAGAAGAAAGAAUAUGCAGGGAGGUUUGCUGGGGGGAAAUCGUCCAGCGUUCAACAUCUCGGUGGCAAAUUUUGGGAGUUUUGUUCGUAUAGGUUUUCACACGUUUGACUGACACUAAGCAUAGAUACUCUUUGGUUCAGUCGCAACUCAUAGGUUCAUUGUUUGUUUCCACGCUGAGGUUUAAUGUCUCUUGGUUUCCCCGUACCUGGGGUCAUUGUCAUGACAACAGUGCAGCCAAUCCCACACUGCUCGCUAGGUCCUGCCCGUGUCGUCUGCAUCAACACCGGACACCACUGGACACGACCGGACAUGGAUACAAUUGCUGGACGUUAGUGGACCCGUCAUCUGGCCACGCCGCUGCCGCUUCGUAAUCCCACGGUCCUCUUUUUUUCAGAGAUUUCAAGAAUUUUUUCACAUGUCUGUAUUUUGUAUUGCUUUUGUGGAGAGCCUUCGCGAUUGCGUCACGUACGCUGGCAGCUUCUCACAAAUUUCUCACGUUUGCGUGCCGUGUAGCAAGCCAUGUGGCAUGCAGCUUUUGAUGGAAUUCUAAAAGAUUAUGAUGUAGAUUGAAACUGCUUAUUGUCUUCCUACAAAGUUCCUCAUACAGUAUAUGAGUCAUCACAGUCUACGCUGCCAGCAUGCGGCGUGCAGUAAAUAGUGGAAAUAGGUCGUUGGGUGUUAUUUUCAGUUUUACAUUUGACUGCUAUUUCUGGUAUUGAAGUACAUGUAUGUGCUCGUGACAAGGCAUGACAUUUAUCCCAGUACCUUUCCCUAUAACAAACCAUUUAUCAAAGUCAUUAUGAAGCAGGAACUUUGAUGUAGAAGGACAGGGUUAUAUUUCUUGCCUUGCCAUGUACACACGGGUAUUAUUCCGAUAAGUGGUGCCAGUUUCAGUGAAGGCUCUUUUCAUCUGUAGACUGCUAAAUAAUAGAAGUGUCAAGGAUCCUUGGUCCUGCAGUUAUGCCUCAAUUAAUCCAAGUUCUCCUUUGACACCCACGUAAUGUCUAACCGAAAUGUCAGUGUAUAUUGUGAGGUGGUAUCAGUGUCUUCCCUGCUCAGCCUUGUCAUUUAUUUUAUGUAAUAUAUUGCAUUUACUUGCAGGCAUCUGAUAUUAUCAGCAGAAUACAAUAUAUGCGAGUGUAUCAUAAUCUUUUGAUAAAUGUUGCAGUUAGCUGCGUGUUGAAUGGAGAAAUUAAAACGAAAAUUCUUCAUAAAAUCUCGGGGAAUGCCAACUGAAAAACUGAUCUAACCAUCUGCUUUUCCUCUCUAGAUAUUUAUAAUAUGAAACACAAAAACUAGCUACGAGUCUCUAUAAUUUUCUUGUAUGAAAAUCUAUAAGUUCAAACAGGUCUCCAAUUCUCCUAACCUCUGUAAAGCAGACUGAAUUUAUCGCCAGUUUUGAGGAUGGCAUUCGCUGAAUCUAGGGAUGGUAUCGUGGCUCUUUAAGCUGUUAUGGUGGUAGCAAUGUCAUUUUCCGACUAACUUAUUAUCAAGGUUUGAGUGCUUCUAUUAUGAGGUAGACUUACGCAUAUACAACUCAUGGUGGUCGGUAAACAUAGGAUACUCUCUCUUGAUACAGUUAUUGGUUGCUUAUGUUCUGUUCAGGAAUCCAGGGAUUUUCGAUCUCUUGUAGUUAAUAGUCUGAUUAAUUAUUGUUAGUUAAAAUUCCCUGAUUUCUUCAGCUGAGCUUGUGUAAUUAGUUGGCAGGCCAUCACACCUAGAGUGGCGUAUUUAUUUAUCAGUUUAUCACCGAUUCCAUUGCUGGUUUGUUUAAUCAAUUACCUUCUAUCACCGAAGAUUCCACAAGAGCGAUCGUUUCUUGAGUCGUGUUUUGAAAGUCCCCCAUUUAAAUGUUUAUACUUGUAGCCCCCGUACCGAUGGCAUAACACGGUGCAUCCUGCUUGUUUUGGUACACACUCGUAAGGUGCCAGUUAUCUGGCUGUGCAUUCGCGUAUCAGCUGUGUUGUGUGUAUCUGCCGUACAUCAAGAUAGCAGAUACCAGCAUCCUCGGAAUAGCUUCAAUCGCUGCCGCAUCUAUCCUCGUGUUUUCAGCGCGGGAUAGACAGUGCUAUCACCACCCAACCAGCAUCACGGAAUGAAGCUGAGUGCAUGUCUACUGCUAGCCUGCCUACUGUGUGGCAUGCAGCAUAUUACUAUUAGCACUACUGUUCUUACUCGGUCACCGAGUGGAACUUCUGUAUACCUUAGCAGUAAUGUAAGUUCAAAUGUAAGUACAGUUUCCUUGAGUAUCUGCAACGACACGAGCUGUGUACACGCAAUGGUGUUAGAGAUGCAUCUAGUAGAUUAACAUAUACUGAGAUGCAUGGAUCAUUACAUCCGAGAGGUCAGUGUAUUAUUGUACAAAUAACAAGGUUCAUCUAACCCAACCCCAGUGGUUUUUGGUGCCCCUAAAGUAUGUUGGUGUUCAACGUGAUUUUAGAGGACUAGAAUGAAUAGUACCCUGUUGUAGUUUAAUUAUACUUAGAUAAAUGUGUGUUUAAAGUAAUUAUUAGCAAUCAAUAUGUGUGUAUAUAUAAUUAUAGACUAAAUGUGUUGAUACCAAAAGAAAUGGGGAGUGAUUUUGUAUAGAUAAAUCAACCCAUAUUGGAUAUACAUAAUUUUCUAUUAAAAUAAAGAAAAAAUGUACAUAA